AUUCCUCGAGAACUAUAGGCGACAUCUAUUAUUUGUCACAGGAAUAAGUAUUGACGUACAGUACAUGUUUUUAUCGCGAUUGGUCGAUUGUUCCCCUCCCUUUUACUCCACGAACGUUGUAACACACUUGAUUUGCUUUCUAUUGUAACGACUAGGUUAAUUUAAAAAUUAGUAAAUUCAAGUUCAAACAUCCGAAGUUUAUUCAUUUAUUCCACGAGCCAAAGUCCAAAAUAAGUCUGAACCAGCACCAAGCCACAACAUAUGGUCCUUCUGCGCCAAAUACAUCAAGAAUCAGCGACUUUUCGAGUUCACGCACGUGGCAACUUGUGCUGAAGAUACGCAAUUUGGAUGAAUUUUGGACCAAGGACUGCCUAGAGGACAACGGAAGGACAAGUUUGCAGUGGAAUCUGCGGCUGAUUGGCGUUUCAUCGAGCAUCGCACACAAUUUGGUGGGGCCAAUCAUUCCUUUCUACCGUUACCUCCUAUUCUGUUUGUGUAAAACUGUGCUAAAUUAAUUACAGUAAAAGUGCCGCACACAAUUGUUGGGUGAUUUGGACAUCUACUCAUCAUCACAAAGGUGACAUUGCCACUAUCAGUGUAGUUCGGCGACCAGUUACUGUGAGUACCCUAUCGUUUCAUUUACCACCAAAACGCCUACUGAUCCUGAUCCUAUAUCAGGUGCUAAGUCUUCUAAUUUAUUAAGCGUAGGAAUUAAGGAUGAUUCCAACAAGAAAUCUUUUGAAACCAAACGUCGUGAUAGAUCUCCUACUCUGCUAAGCGCGGAAAGUGUGGAGCUAGUUCGUGAACUUGUUAAAAAGAGAGGCAUAAUUAAAGGUCGAUUAACUAAAUUUACAAAUUACCUAACAUGUCUAGAAAAUAGUGACGAUAAAACUUUAACUCCGAAAAAAUGUUCCGAUUUAAAAUUAAGAAUAAAAGGCGCCGCUAGUUUAUUUUCGGAAUUUAAUGAUGUACAAAGUAUGAUCGAAGAAAAGGUUUCUGAGAGUGAAUUAGAAGAUCAAUUAAAUUAUCGUGAAUGUUUCGAGGAUAAUUAUUAUAGUGCUGUAGCUAAUGCAGAGUCUAUGCUCAAUAAUAAUGAGGUCGGAGAUUGUUCUAAUUCUUGUCAUAGUAUAGUUCAAAAGGCAGCGGUAAAGUUACCUACGAUUUCUAUGCCUACAUUCGACGGUUCAUUUGAGCACUGGUUGGAGUUUAGAGAUACAUUUACGUCACUAGUUCAUAACUGUACAAAUCUUGCCAAUAUACAAAAAUUUCACUAUCUUAAAUCUUCAUUAAAAGGUGAAGCUGAACUAGUUAUCCAUUCGAUUGAAUUUUCAUCUAAUAAUUAUCAAGUUGCAUGGGAGUUGUUGACAAAUAGGUACAACAACUGUAGGUUGUUAGUGCACAACCAUGUAAAGGCUUUAUUUUCUUUACAAGCACUAUCCAAAGAAUCUCCCUCUUCAAUAAGAAAAUUAAUUGAUACUAUAUUAAAGAAUCUACGCGCUUUAAAAAUCCUUGGCGAAAGUACACACGCUUGGGAUACACUAAUUAUAUUUCUUAUUGUGUCGAAGUUAGAUAAGGAGACCGAACGUCAAUGGGAAACUCAUAAAUCUACUUUGCGUUCGAACGAUAACGUUUCUACACACAGGAUACGCUUAGACGAAUUAAUUUCAUUCCUUAAAGACCGUGCGGAUAUAUUGGAAACAUUGCAAUUCUCGCGUAGUAAAGAAAUCACACAAAAUUAUGAAAAUAAAAAACAACAACACUCCAAACAUCACAACAUAUCUCACUGCAAUGUUUCCAGUGGUCCGUAUAAAACGUCUAAUCGUCAGUCUCGCGCUAAGUCAAAAUGUUAUCAAUGCAAUGCGAAUCAUCCAAUUUAUACGUGUCAAAAUUUUAUAGAAAGUGAUUUAGAAUCGAAACUAAAACUUAUUCGUGAACACAACCUGUGUGAGAAUUGUUUGCGUUCGGGACACACACCAAAUAACUGCAGAUUUGGAACGUGUAAAAGAUGCAAUAAAAAACAUAACUCGUUGAUACACAAUGAUAACGAGAGUGGCUUAUUGUCAUUUCAUGCGUCGGCACUCACUGCGACUGAGCUCCCGACGGCUACGGUGGCCGAGGCGCGCGCGCCCUCCGCUCUUGCGCCCGCGACCCCCGCGGCCUGCGCUGACCCGAGCCCUGUCCAGGACUUUGCACCACUCACUCCAGGUCAUUUCCUGAUUGGUCGUCCACUAACUGCUCCGGCCUGCCAUGACCUACGCGAUAUACCAGCCAGCCGUCUUCAGCGUUAUCAGAGGACAGAACAACUUCGCCAACAUUUCUGGGAGCGCUGGGCGAAGGAAUACAUUUCCGAGCUACAGGUGCGGACAAAAUGGACAGUCAAGAAGGAUGAACUGCAGCCAAAUACUUUGGUAGCCAUAAAGGACGACAAUCUUCCACCAUUAAAAUGGCACUUAGGACGUGUCAUUCGCACCAUCCCAGGCCAAGACGGCGUUGCACGUGUCGCUGACAUACGGACUGCAUCAGGCAUCGUUAGACGCAGUUUUACGAAGAUUUGCCCUUUGUUCCAAGACAAGUAGAAACGGGACUUCAACCAUUUUGAAAGCCACUGCUUCCAAAGCCGGGGGCAUGUUCAAGAUCGUAUUCCUCGAGAACUAUAGGCGACAUCUAUUAUUUGUCACAGGAAUAAGUAUUGACGUACAGUACAUGUUUUUAUCGCGAUUGGUCGAUUGUUCCCCU